AUGGCAGCGCAAGAAAAAGCCGAGGACGACAAUGCGUCGAGACAGGUCGCAAUGUCACAUAAUGUGGAGGAAAAGGUGUCAGAGAACCAGCUGGUCAACGCUCUGCUAUGGGCGCCGCCGCAAUGCCGCUGGAACCCUGACAACCCGCCCAAAUUCAACAUCCUGCUGAACGCGUUAUUCGCCUUUGCCGGCACCUUCACCGUUGCCAAUCUGUACUAUGCCCAGCCGCUGCUCGAUCUCCUGGCGGACUUCUUUGGUGUCUCGCAGGAGCGUGCCUCGCUGAUCCCGACCUGCUGCCAGGCUGGGUAUGCCGCCGGUCUGAUACUCAUCUGUCCGUUGGGCGACAUGGUCAGACGACGGCCGUUUGUCCUUUUAUUGACGUUCAUCACUGCGACGAUGUGGCUGGCUCUCUGCUUUACGAAUUCCUACAGCGUCUUCCUGGCGUUUAGCUUCCUCACCUCAGUCACCACAGUCACUCCACAAAUCAUGCUCCCCCUGGUCGGCGACCUGGCCCCCCCAGCCCGGCGCGCAACCGCCAUCUCGAUCGUCUCCUCCGGCCUCGUCCUAGGGCUGCUCUUCGCCCGCCUGCUCUCCGGCAUCAUCGCCAACGCCUCCCACUGGCGCAACGUCUACUGGCUCUCCCUAGCUCUACAGUACCUCAUCUUCAUCCUCCUCUACCUCUUCAUGCCUGACUACCCCUCCACAAACACCAACAUCUCCUACCCGCGCAUUCUCUCCUCCAUUGCCGUCCUCUUCACCAAACACCCCAUCCUCGUACAAGCAACCCUAAUGGGUCUGCUCACCUCCGCAACCUUCACCUCCUUCUGGACAACCCUCACCUUCCUCCUCUCCGGCUCUCCAUACAACUACAACACCCUCACAAUCGGCCUCUUCUCCAUCGCCGGCCUCACACCCAUGUUCUUCAACCCCAUCUUCUCCCGCCUCGUCAUCGACAAAUACACCACCCAGCUCUCCACCACAAUCUCCCUCCUCAUCGCCAUAACCGGCAUCGCAAUCGGCGCAUACACAGGCACAUUCACAGUCGCCGGCCCAGUCCUGCACGCCGCCUUACUCGACUUCGGAAACCAGGCGACGAUGAUCGCGAACCGUGCGGCUAUCUAUACUGUUGCACCGAAGGCGCGCAAUCGCGUGAAUACGGGGUAUAUGGUUGGAGCGUUUGUCGGGCAGCUUAUGGGCACGGCGGUGGGGAAUCGGGUUUAUGCGGCGAGGGGGUGGGUGGUUUCUGGGACGGUGAGUUUGGUGUUUUCGGUUGUGGCGUUGGGGGUUGGGUUGGUUAGGGGGCCGAGGGAACAGGGGUGGAUUGGCUGGACGGGGGGUUGGCCUUUGAGGAGGGUUGUUGAUGAUCCUGUUGCUGUUGCCGCUCCUGCUGCUGCUGCUGAUUCUGAUACCGCUGGUACUGGGAAUGGGAGUGGUGGUGCUGGUGAUAGAAAGGGAGAGGCAGUUUGA